AUGACCCCUGACAUGUUUAGUGACUGGGUUAAGCUCCAAAACUUCUAUGAAGGCUUAAGCUUCGAAGCAAGGAAAGGACUAGAUUACUCAUCAGGAGGAUCACUCAACAUGAUGAAAACUGCCGAGGAGGCCCAAGACCUCAUUGAGAUUGUGGCAAAUAACCAAUACUAUUACUCAUCAGAGAGGCAGCACAAUCUGCCCCCAAAGAAAGGUGUAAUGGAGCUUGAAGUGAACACAACAAAUCAACCAUCACUUGAAUGGAGCCAAGGUGAAGGGAUCACGGUUGAACAACCACAAGAACAAGUUCAAUACAUACAGAACACUUCAAAUUCUCAGGAUGAAUUUCAUGGAGAUACAUACAACCCAUCUUGGAAAAAUCAUCCCAACCUAAAGUGGGGUGAGAACCAUUGGCAAAAGAAUAGCAACCACAAUCAAAACCGUCACACAAGCAACCAAAAUCACCAUGCCAACAACACUAACCAAUAUAGAAAACCACAAAACACAUAUCAACCACCCCAUCAUAACUCACAAAAUCACCAAAAUAACUUCUCUGCACCAUCAUCCAACUCACAAAAUUACCACACUAAUCCACCCAACAACUUCCAACAACAAUCAACCCCCAUCAUACCCCCAAUUGACCAUCAUGAAACUAGAAUCUCAAGUCUUGAAGCAACCUUGCAAGCACUUGCUCAAACCACUCAAGCCUUAGCUAAGGGACAAAAGGAACAUGAGGCCACCAUGAAGAGUAUUGAGCGACAAGUGGGACAAUUAGCCAAACAAGCUGAACGGCCAACCAAUGUUCUUCCAAGUGAUACGAUACCCAACCCAAGAGACACAGAAAAAGCCAUAAAAUGGGAGGAGUGUAAAGCAAUCACCCUGAGAAGUGGGAAGAAAGUGGAGACAGAAGCCAUUACUCAGGAAGAGCACAUCAAAGAAGGCUUAAAAGAAGAGGUGAAGGAACAAAAGCAGGAGCAAGAAACCUAUACACAAAGUGAUAAAUUAGCUAAGAAGGAGACAGUGAAAGCAUACCAACCAAUGCUCCCAUACCCUCAAAGGUUUAAAGAAGAGAACAAAGAGAAGCAAUAUUCCAAAUUCUUGGAAAUAUUCAAGACACUACACAUCAACAUACCCUUCAUUGAAGCACUUGAACAGAUGCCCCUAUAUGCUAAGUUCAUGAAGGAAUUGUUGACAAAGAAAAGAUCCUUGAAAGAGGGACAAACGGUUGUGAUGACCAGGGAAUGUAGUGCCAUCAUCCAGAAAAAGUUGCCAAAGAAGAUGAAAGACCCAGGGAGCUUUCACAUCCCCUGCACAAUAGGCAACAUGAUGAUUGAGAGAGCAUUUUGUGAUCUUGGUGCAAGCAUAAAUCUGAUGCCUCUAUCUCUGAUGAGAAAGCUUCAGAUUCAUGAAUUGAAACCUACAAAGAUAGCCCUUCAAAUGGCGGAUAAAUCUAUUCAACAAGCACUCGGAGUUGUAGAGAAUGUAUUAGUAAAGGUGGACAAAUUCUUCCUCCCAGUUGACUUUGUCAUCCUAGACAUAAAGGAAGAUGACAACACUCCCAUUAUUCUAGGGAGGCCCUUUUUAGCUACUGCCAGGGCAUUGAUAGAUGUCGAAAAAGGAGAAUUAAUGCUAAGGGUGCAUGAUGAGCAUAUAGUGUUCCAUGUCUUCAAGAAUUUGCAAGACUCCACCCAAGAGGAAGAGUGUAUGAAGAUUGAUUCCAUAGAUCCAAACUUGAAAGAGGCACCCGAUGAGGCACUUCCAAGCUCAUGCUGGAAAGAAAAUGAAGAAGUGGAGGUGCUGCAACAAGCUCAAAGAAUAGAGGAGAAGCUGCAAUCAAAGUCAGCAUUUAAGAUUCAUAGCAAGGACCGUCCAAAAAUUGAGACCCCAAAACCUGAACUAUCUCCUGGAAAAGAAGAGAGUCCCAAGAAGAAAAUGCCAAGAGAAUGGAGAAACAAGAAAAUCUCCACUGAAGACUUCUCACCAGGGGAUAAAGAAAGAGGCUUGAGUGAGUAA